AUGUGCUCCAGGAUCCCCUUGUUGCUGCUGCUCCUGCUAUUGGCCUUGGGGCCCAGGGUACAGGGCUGCCCGUCCGGCUGCCAGUGCAGUCAGCCACAGAUGGUUUUCUGUACUACCCGCCAGGGGACCACGGUGCCCCAAGAUGUGCCGCCCGACACGGUGGACCUGUACGUCUUUGGAAACGGCAUCACCACUCUCGACGUGGGCAGCUUUGCUGGCCUGCAGGGCCUGCAGCUCCUGGACCUAUCACAGAACCAGAUCGACAGCCUGCCCAGCGGGGUAUUUCAGCCCAUUGCCAACCUCAGCAACCUCGUCCUGACCGCCAACAGGCUGCGCGAGAUCACCAAUGAGACCUUCCGUGGCCUGCGGCGCCUUGAGCGCCUCUACCUGGGCAAGAACCGCAUCCGCCACAUCCAGCCCGGCGCCUUUGAUACACUUGAUCACCUCCUGGAGCUCAAGCUGCAGGACAAUGAGCUGCAGGUGCUGCCCCCGCUGCGCCUGCCCCGCCUGCUGCUGCUUGACCUCAGCCACAACAGCCUCCCGGCCCUGGAGACCGGUGUCCUGGACACUGCCAACGUGGAGGUGCUGCGGCUUGCCGGCCUGGGGCUGCGGCAGCUGGAUGAGGGGCUCUUCAGCCACCUGCGCAACCUCCACAACCUGGAUGUGUCCGACAACCAGCUGGAGCGGGUGCCGCCUGUGAUCCGUGGCCUGCGGGGCCUGACGCGCCUGCAGCUGGCUGGCAACACCCGCAUUGCCCAGCUGCGGCCCGAGGACCUGGCUGGCCUGGCUGCCUUGCAGCAUCUGGACCUGAGCAACCUGAGCCUGCAGGCCCUGCCGAACGACCUUGUGGGCCUCUUCCCCCGCCUGCGGUUCCUGGCAGCUGCCCGCAACCCCUUCAACUGUGUGUGUCCCUUGAGCUGGUUUGGCCCCUGGGUGCGUGAGAGCCGUGUCAUGCUGGCCAGCCCCGAGGAGACACGCUGCCACUUCCCGCCAAAGAACGCUGGCCGGCUGCUCCUGGAGCUUGACUAUGCUGACUUCGGCUGCCCGGCUACCACCACUACAGCCACGGUGCCCACCACGAGGUUCGUGGCAUGGGAACCCACCCUUCCACCAUCCAGCUUAGCUCCCACCUGGUUGAGUCCCACGGAGGUGGCCACCCAGGCCCCCAGCCCACCAUCCACUGCCCCCCUGACCCUGGGGCCUGCCCCCCCACCCAAGGACUGCCCAGCGUCCACCUGCCUCAAUGGAGGCACAUGCCACCUGGGGUCAGGGCACCAUCUAGAGUGCCUGUGUCCUGAGGGCUUCACAGGCCUAUACUGUGAAAGCCAGGUGGGACAGGGGACACGGCCCAGCCCCACACCGGCCACACUGAGGCCCCCAGGGUCCCUGCCCCUCAGCAUUGAGCCGGUGAGCUCCACCUCCCUGCGCGUGGGGCUGCAGCGCUACCUGAAGGGCAGCACCGUGCAGCUCAGGAGCCUCCGCCUCACCUACCGCAACCUGUCGGGCCCUGACAAGCGGCUGGUGACACUGCGGCUGCCUGCCUCACUCGCUGAGUACACGGUCACCCAGCUGCGGCCCAAUGCCACCUACUCCAUCUGCGUCAUGCCCUUGGGGGCUGGGAGGGUGCCUGAGGGUGAGGAGGCCUGUGGGGAGGCCCGCACACCCCCAGCUGCCCACUCCAACCACUCCCCAGUCACCCAGGCCCGCGAAGGCAACCUGCCACUCCUCAUAGCGCCUGCCCUGGCCGCCGUGCUCCUGGCUGCACUGGCUGCCAUAGGGGCAGCCUACUGUGUGCGGCGGGGCCGGGCUGCGGCAGCAGCCGCUCAGGGCAAAGGGCAGGUGGGGCCAGGGGCUGGGCCCCUGGAGCUGGAGGGGGUGAAGGCCCCCUUGGAGAUAGGCCCCAAGGCAACUGAGGGCAGCCGGGAGGCCCCACUCAGUGGGCCUGAGUGUGAGGUGCCGCUCAUGGGCUACCCAGGGCCCAGCCUCCAGGGGCACCUCCCCACCAAGCCUUACAUCUAAGCCUGUGAGUGAUGGGGCAGCCAGCGCCCCCUGCUGCCAC